CAAACGUCCGUCGCAUCCGAAGACAGAAUGUCAACAACAAGUUGAACAACAUUGACUAGCGGAGAAAUCCAGCCUCCAGAUCACCAUUGGAUUAAUGAAGCAGGACCCUGUAUGCAAGUCUUCAUAAGAGAGUUUGGGAAAUGAAUGUGUGCGGUGACUGUGGUCAUGUAUGUGUGACACUAGACCAAUGAAGGAUCGAAACACACAAGGGCACAAUUCCCCACCCCAUAUUGGUCUGCCCCUUGGAGGAAAUGAUGAGAAGCAGUCGAAACUUCGUGAAGAAAGAAAGAAUGAAUACCUAGACUUUUUAGUAAAAAAGGGCUUCACCAUUAAACCUCAAGAGAUGAGGCGGCCGAACAAGAGUACGCCCCCUGGUGGGGGUUCAGACAUUGGCUGGUUGAAGUUGGGAGAGUAUGAGGAGAAGAGACGCAGGCUAGCCGAGGAGCGAAAGCGUGAAUACAAUGAAAUGCUGGCACAGAAGCACCAACAGGGUCUUCGGAAGCGGCCCGAUGCCGUUUCACAGCAUGUAAAUGAAUCACAGCAGAGUUCUCCCAUCCAAGCGGAAAUGCAAAUGGCUGCCGCCGGAGCGGCGACGAGCCAGGAUAGCCACUCUCGUAGGGUGGAUGAAUACGGAGGAGAGAGGUCAAUGUCGCUCACAGAGGGGCCCCUGCCAGGGUUGCGGGACACUAGGAGCGGAGAAGUGCGCAAGCGGGAGGCACGUAACAGAGAGUACAAUGACUACUUGCAGCAGAAGAAGUUGGCAAGUCGGAGCAUUGGAGAGCAGCAGGCACCUAGAGUUGGCAAUGCCCAGCAGGUGGCGCCAGCUGCACAGGUAGGUCAUUCGAUCGGCUCACCACAGGUUCGCAAAGGGUGGGGCACACCCGUACAAGCCUACACAACAUAUGAGGAUAUUCUGGCUCAGAAGAAAGAAGAAGAAAGGCAAUAUAGGAGAUACAUUGACGAUGUGCCUGAUGACUUGCCUCCACAGCAACCCCUGCGGCCUCCACAGCCAAACAUCGACUCGGAACUAGAACAUCUAAAGAGGGUACGUCUAGAGGAGAUAGACGUUCCCAUGUCUGACCCAACGAGUGAGCUGAUGAGACAAGGCAGGCAGAUGGCUGAGCAGGAGGAGAUACACAGAUAUAACAUGUCACGGGACGUGGAUUUGUCCAACGCUGGGGGUGCCACGAUGGCGACGGCGGCAGUUUCCAGGUUCAGGGAGACACCGUCCCCACCACCUAUACCGAGACUUGAUCCUAUCGUCUACCCGAGUGCUGACCCUAUGAGGACUUACCUUGCUACAGAUGAUAGUUUGCCCAUCAGGACAGAUCACGUAACGAGACGAUUUGAUGACCGGUACGCGCCAAGCUUUCAGGACAAUGUAUCACGCCCUUCCCCCUUACUACAGGCAUUGCAGAUGCGUCAGAAUGGUGUGCGUGGUGGCGAUGGCUCCUUUGACAAAACAUCGUUCAUGUCUGGUGCUAGUGCUGUAGGAAAAGGUGCUGUGCAUGGAAUGCAGCAUAUGCAUACAGGUGCCUUAUAUGGAGUGAGCGAACGCAAUGUCAACAAGGUGGAUGCUGCAAAGAUAUAUCAGGAAGAACUAAAACAACAGAUAAGGCAAAAGGACCUGCAGAAGCGGAAAGCAAAAGAGGAGGAGGAGAGGCAGAACCUCCAUGCUGGAAACCAAGUUUUUGACCCGUUUGGAAAAGGUGGUGCCGGUGCUCCCCUGCGUGACGCUCAAGGCAAUGUUCAGGCUGAUCUGAGGAGAAAACCUCAGGAUGGUACCGGUGGGCUCCAUCAGCCACCAAACGUUAAACCACUAACAAGUAGCAGUGCUUCAAAGCUGAAGUUUUCGGCUGAUAUGAAACCAGCGUUUAACAUCGCAGGCUCUGUUGGGGGUAAAGGAGGAACUGGUGCUCAGUUUGAAGAAUCAGCAGCUGCUGGAAAAGAUGACAUGGCUAGAUACAGGAAUGACCAGUACAAAGAAGAACUUAAGAAACAGAUCGAAGAGAAGAAGCGGCUGAAGGAGCAGGAGAAUGAGCGAAGGAGGAGGCAGGAGGAGGUGGCAGAGAGACGCAUACAGGAGCAGCAAGCAAAGAUGCAGCAGGAGCAGGAGGCAGACGAGCUAAAGGCUAAGGAGAAUGAAGCUGAGAGGAGAAGAAAGAACCAGGAGAUCGUGGCAGCAGCUGAAGUGAAGAGGCUGGAGGUGGAGAAGCAGAAGCGAGAAGCCAAGUUGAAGGACGAGGAACGGCAGAGAGCGCAGCAGGAGAAGGAAUGGGCAAGCCGCAAUGUGGUGACACAACGGUCAGUCUCUCCUGUCAUACCAGCGCUGCGGAGAAACACGAAAACCGGUGCUGCUGUUAAAGCCAAGCUGAGUACUACCUCACCACCAUUCGAUAGCCAGAGAGAAAGCACAAAGACUGUAGCAAGGCCAACAACAGCUGAGAGGACGAUCAUUGUGAGGCAACUGUCAGCGAUGAGACAGCAGCUGGAGGAUGAGCAGAAACGUGUACACAGUGCUCUCAUCAAAGACGAGCUUGUAGGACGAACAACAGACAGCGACAGUGGGGCGCAGUCCUCUGCUGCCGGUGCCGCCGUAUUUGAAUCAGCGCUGAGUGGCAAAGGUGUCACGGUGAAACGUCAAUCGGCCAAGAAAGGCUCUGCAAAGAAAAACAAACACUCCGAUGCUGCAAUGAAGAGCACUGGUCCUACAAGCAGCGACAAGGAGAAUGAUAAGCAACGGACAAGUGUGAAUGAACCUGAAAAAGAGGAAACGAGGCCUGAUUCCAGCCAGUCGUUCAUUUAUGACGAGACACUGCGUGGGUCUGGGAACGUGGAGUCGAACAGAGAGACGGCGUCAGAUGUGGGCGGUAGUCGUCAGCACAGAUCACAGCAUGCGUGAUGGGAUGCAGCUCACACCCUCUGUAACAGAGACACAGCUAAUUGUGAGAGCAUGAACAGUAGUGUCACAGCAUGGGUGACAGCAUGGGUGCUAUCAUAGCCUGGGUUGACAGGAUGAAUAUUUUCACAAUCUAAGUGACAGUAGCUAUACUGUACUGUAAUGCAAUGUACUAUAAUGCACUGUACUGUACUGUACUAUACUGUACUGUACUGUACU